GACUGGCUCGCCGGGCCGGGUUGGGGGUGUGUGUGUGGAAUGGAUUCCAGUCCCACUCCACAUUAGGUAAUUCAUAUGCAUUGCUAAUACGAGAUCUCCUAGUCGGUAUUGUGCAAUGGGGAAUGGGGGGAGAGUGCCGCUCCACGUCAAAACUUUUCUGUGAGCGAACUGAGAGAGAUACCCGAGUUCCGCUGGUACAGCUGCGCAGAGCGGUCCGAGAGGUCCGGCGCGUGCUUUUCAGACCCAGUUGUGUGAGGACCAGAGAAUGGGCUUCAGAGCCCCGUGCACCUCCUUUGUGGUGUUGUUGCUGCUUGGCCUCGGAGGGUCCCGCGGCGUUCCCACUUUCAGGAAGGAGCGGGGAGUUCAUGCCGACGCAGAGCUUAGCAAUCAGCAGCACGAAGAUAAUCAGAGCUUCCAGUACGACCACGAGGCCUUCCUGGGCAAAGAGGAAGCCAAGACUUUCGAUCAGCUCACCCCAGAGGAAAGCAAAGAAAGACUGGGGAAAAUUGUUGAUCGAAUUGAUGAUAACAAAGAUGGCCUUGUCACAACAGAGGAACUAAAAAACUGGAUCAAACGGGUGCAGAAACGCUACAUCUUCGAAAAUGUGGCUAAGGUCUGGAGAGAUUAUGACCUCAACAAAGACAAUAAAAUUUCCUGGGAAGAAUACAAGCAAGCCACCUAUGGCUAUUACCUAGAAAAUCAAGAAGAAUUUCAAGAUGCCACAGAUCAGCACAGUUUCAAAAAAAUGCUGCCAAGGGAUGAAAGAAGAUUCAAAACUGCUGACCUGGAUGGUGAUUUAGCAGCCACUCGGGAGGAGUUCACCGCUUUCCUUCACCCAGAGGAGUUUGAGCACAUGAAAGACAUUGUUGUUCUGGAAACAUUGGAGGACAUAGACAAAAAUGAAGAUGGAUUUGUGGACCAAGAUGAAUACAUUGCUGAUAUGUUUGCACAUGAAGAUGGUGGUCCAGAACCUGACUGGGUAAUAACUGAACGUGAACAGUUUGCAGAUUUUCGUGAUCUAAACAAGGAUGGAAAAAUGGAUAAAGAAGAGAUUCGACACUGGAUCCUCCCACAAGAUUAUGAUCAUGCUCAAGCAGAAGCCAGGCACUUAGUCUAUGAAUCGGAUGUUGACAAGGAUCAAAUGUUAACCAAAGAAGAAAUCCUAGACAACUGGAACAUGUUUGUUGGAAGCCAAGCUACAAAUUAUGGGGAAGACCUCACAAAAAACCAUGAUGAGCUAUGAUAUUGUUUGGAAAGCAAAUUUAGCAAAGUCUGGGGGCUGGUUUUCUAUAUAUUACCAAAGUUAUUGUGGGUAUGUAUGCUACACGGUUUUGUUCCAGAUUUUCUUUUCCCCCACAAAGCAAUUCUGUUAGCACCAUUGAAUGCAAUUGCUGUCACUUUUUGUUACUUUGUGUCUGUGUAGAUUUCCAUGUAAAGUGGUGGAAGUACUUCCCAAGUUAUACCUUUUGAUGUAUUAACACAUCAAUUCUAUAUGCACUUCAAAUUUUCACAGAAAUUAGAGAGACUUGGAAGUAACAUGUGGGAUCCUCAGACUUAGAUGAUGUGCUUAAUUUCUGGGGUGUACUAUUUCACGUCCAAGUUGUAUGUUUUGAAUGCCCCUUCAUGUAAACAGUCUCCCUGCACACUGAAAACUAACAUUUCAAGUUUAGAAUUUUCUCCCUGAUGCCUGGUUUUUUAUUCAAGGAAUUUUUUGUGCGCAUUCAUACAUUUGAUUCCCAUUUGAAGUUUGAAAUAGAGUCUCGCAACAUAUAAGGAGUUACUGAUUGUGUACACCUGCUUUUUAUUCCAAGUACAUAUAGAUAGAUUGAGAGAGCCUGGACACGAGUGCCCACUGCUGCACUUGUGGUGCCCCUCAUCAGCUGAAAAUUGGUCAACACUCUCAGCAGUCUCAUAAGACCUAUUCCUUUUUUUAAAAAGAUGAUGUCAUAGAACUCAAUGACAGCAGUCUUUGGAUGGGGAGGAGUUAGACAUUUUUCUUUUUAUUUCUGUAUUUCUAGAAAUACAGCAAAGAUAAAUCCCACAGUUUUGAAAUGGAAGGGGAUAGAUUUUUAACUAUAUGCCAAAAAAAAGUACAAACAGGAGUGACUUUUUAAAAAUCAUCCCACAUUGCAAAUGGGGUCAUUGGUGUUGAAUGGUUUGAAGAAUAAGUUGGAAUAGAGGGAUUAGUAAACAGUCCUUCAAAUGCUUGACAUUAUCCACAGUUUGGAAUAGCUAUUCUUUUUCACUAAGGGACAGUUCACACUACAGCCAAACAAAAAUCUCUUCUGUAUGAUGAGGUGUAGGUAGAACAUAUUAAUAUUUCAAGCCAGCUAUUUGUCCAUUUAAAAUAAAUCAAACUGAUUGGAAAGUUCUUAGAACUGAACAAAUUUUGCUAACCCCCCCCCCCCCCCCACAUAUCUUGGAUUAGAUUCUAUUAUUCAUUGUUAUAACAGUCAGAGAUCUUUCCUGCCCUCUUUUCCUCCCCCAGUAAUUCUUUCUGACCUGGAAAAGUUGAUUUCCUGUGUUUUAGGACCCACAUAGAUUAACUACUACAUAGGAAAGACUGCAUUAAGGACGGGAUAAGGCCCAAAUGGUCAUGUUCUGCUUUUUUCCACAUGUGGCAGCUCCACUGCCACAUAAAACAGUCCUAUGAUUUUGUUCCCACCCUUGUAGCUGCCAACCAAUUUCAUGGAUCUCAUAACUCCAGGAAUCAGUAUUUCCAGUGUUGUGACUGCUGGCAAGAUAAGAAUCUUGGAUGAAUUCACAACCCUCAGUGCCUUUCAUUGACAGGUUUCAAGAUCAGUGUUUUUGUGUAUUCUGUGCCAGUCAUUCACUGUCACUUGGUAUGCACAUUUCCUUACAUAUGUGGAACUUCCGUUUCCAUUGCAGUAAAGUUCUUAUAGGGAGGGGAGCUCUAUGUGUGCCUUGGAGCUCCUGCCUUGGUGCAAAGUGAUUGUUUUCAUUGAAAACCAACACAUUUUCCAGGAACAUUUGUGCAACAGCAUCACCAACCUCUGUGACGUAUUUCUGCUCAAAUGCAUCUCCAGGGCAGAGCUGCUAUUUUCUGUAUUCCUCACACAUUUUGCUAAAGCAAUGGGUUUUGUUUUUACAAUGAGAUUUUGCUGAAUUGUUUAUUCCACGUGGAUAAUGGUAGUUCCACAUUGGAAAGAAAAGUUUAACACAUUUCCAAACUCUGCCAUUCAUUAGAGACUUAAGAGUCUUUGCACUUCUAUGUCACAAGGAGAGACUGUGUGGCAUAAAGUUUGGAGUUUGUUGUAGUUAUGUGUGUACAUACAGAGAAAGAAAAAGAGAGAAAGAUGCAUUGCCACUUUAAGGAGAUCUUCUGCAGCUAAUUCAUGCUUUUCAGCUUUGCUGUAUGUCAUAAUGCUUACGAGAUGUUACAUAUACAAAUGCAUUUUACCUGUAUUGACUUGAAGAUAUGAAUAAUAAACAUGUAGCUGUCUUUUUGUAUACUUUGAA